UUUGGAAAGAAAUUUGUAAUAGAGCCUUUGUGUAAGGCAAAUAUCCUGGGUUUUAAGGCUUUCUUUCUUAAAAAGGUCUACUAUGCAAAGAAGUAUCAGAUACAUAUUUUGAACCACUGAAAAGAAAACUGGAAUAAAGGAGGAGGUGACACUGUUAGCAGUUAUCUUAAGUUGUAAGAGAUAAGAGUGUUUGGGCUUGAUCUACUCUUGUAGAGAUCAUACAGUCCAAGAUUUCGUUGCAGCACUACUGUAGAUAAGGUAUACGAUAUGGGGCGGGCUCCAUGUUGCGAUGAGGGACUAAAGAAAGGCCCCUGGACUCCCCAGGAAGAUAACAAACUCCUUCAAUACAUUCUUGAGAAUGGUGCGGGCAAUUGGAAAGCGCUUCCCAAACAUGCAGGCCUGCGGAGAUGUGGAAAGAGCUGUAGGUUAAGAUGGACCAAUUACUUGAGACCCGGCAUAAAAAGAGGAAACUUUUCCUUCGAAGAGGAGCAAGCCAUUCUGCAACUUCAUGCCAGGCUCGGAAACAAGUGGUCUGCAAUUGCUGCACGUUUGCCGGGCCGUACAGACAACGAAAUUAAAAACUUCUGGAACACCCGUCUGAAGAAAAGAUUGCUUCAGAUGGGUAUUGACCCUGUCACACACAGGCCACGCUUAGAUAUUCUGGCACCAUCAUUUUCUUCCUAUUUUGGUUUCCUUGGUCAGAGGGGAAGUGCCCAAGCACAGCUGCCCAUGCACUAUGAUAAUCUUAGUUUUAGUUUGCUAAGAUCCCAAUGCGGUCUUGAUGAGGCAGCAGCAGCAGCAAAUUUCUUGGCACCACACCAGCAGCUUGGAGAUUCAGUUUUAUAUAAUGCUCAAAGUCUAGAUCACCAAUUUUUCCAACCAAGCUUUACCAUGGUAGGUUGGAAUGGAAAUAUGGAGAGAACCCAACAUCAGGGAUCUGUCCCAAGCUUGACAGCUCUGGGUUGCUCUUAUUCAGCCAUGGAUCAAGCUGCCAUUGUUGUUCCACAAGCUUCAUGUUUAAGUAAGGACAGUACAAGCCUAAAUCCUCAGUUGGGUAUUGUAUUUAACCCUGAAAGCAGCUUAAAAGUUGGUGGGGAUCAGAACAUGAGCAUGGCAUAUCAAAACUGCAAUAGUUUGCUGCCUAGUCAUAAAUCUGAAGCUGUUAAUAGUGACUUGGUGUGGCUAGACAGUAAGUUCAACUCACUUCCAUCUUUACUUUCUUACUCUGGCUCUCCAACACCAGACACUUCCAAUGUCAAUGUUGUUGAAACACAAAGUGAUUCAUCUCCUAGUGGCUAUGGACAGCCACUUCCACCAGAUCUCUUUGUGAAUUUUGCAGAAAGUUCAAAAUCACUGUGGUCAGAUUUAAAUACUGAAGAGGGAAAAGAUUACUGGAGCAAUUUAUGGUAAACCUAAUGGAUACCAUCCCCACAUGACCUGAAUAUAUCAACUCAUACCAGAGAUAGAUUUGGUUUUUUCUACUGGUAUGACCAUAGACUAAAACUGUCAUUCUUCCUGUAAAUUCAUUACUUUGUGACUGAAAUGGAUUGUAACUUUUGUCUAUGGGCAAUUGUUGUUGGUGGGGAAUCUGAUCUCUAGAUGUAGCAUCUAUAUCAAUGUAGGUAAGAGGUCAGUGGGUAAACAGUUGGUCUAGGAAAUGAUUGUCCACAGAUUCUGAUCUUCAUUUUUGUAGAAAUUCACAUUGUG